GACACUGUCUUGCUGUUCGGGACGCAGUUGAGUGGUGUCCCUAGCGGCAGUCUCUUCUGCCAUUGUGAUCACGUUGAGCUUGUGCCUGUGCUUUUGGUCACACUGUGAUUGCAUUGAGCUUGUGCUUGUGCUUUUGAUCACGCUGUGAUCACGUUGAGCUUGUGCCUGUGCACAAUAUUGCUGAAUAUCUCGCCCAUCCUGCAACUAUGGCUACCAAUACUCCAUCAACAAGCAGAGGACAGAAGCAAAAGCAUGUUGUUUUGACGAUUACGCAGAAAUUGGACAUAAUUAAGCGCCUGGAAAAAGGAGAAAACAAGAACAGGUUGAUGCAGGAAUUCAGUGUUGGCUCAUCUACAAUCUAUGACAUCAAGGCACAGAGGGCAGAGUUACUCCAGUCCGUGAUGAAUUCUGAGACAAGUAAAUUCAUUGAGCAAUGCCGUACUCUGCACAAACCAAAAUUGGAACAAUUAGACAAGAUAUUGUAUGAAUGGUUUACCUUAAAACAUUCAGAGGGAGCUUCAAUUUCUGGCCCAGUGCUGAUCAAAAAAGCAAAAGACUUCUAUCGACAAAUGGGAAUGACCGAGGCCUGUGUUUUUUCAGAUGGAUGGUUGUCUUGCUUCAAACUUUGCCAUAGUAUCAGAAGGCUUGAUGCGUCUGGAGAAAAAAAAAUCGCUGAUCACGAGGCUGCUGAAAAAUAUUGUGGAUUUUUCUAGAAAUUGGUGGUGGAGUAUGACAUAUCCCCAGAGCAGCUCUACAACACUGAUGAAACUGGCCUUUUUUGGCAUUGUUUGCCAACUUCUACCCUGACUGGUACAGGUGAGGUUGGUGCAGCUGGUUUUAAGCAGAGUAAGGACCGCCUGACUGUACUUAUGUGCACAAAUGCAGCGGGCACACACAGAAUCAAGUUGCUAGUGGUUGGAAAAUUCAGGUGACCAAGAGCUUUCAAGGGUAUCUACGUGUUGAGUACAAGGCACCAACCUAAUGCAUGGAUGGACAAGGAAAUAUUUUUGCACUGGUUUCACCGUGUCUUUGUACCAGCAGUGAAAGAGCAUCUGAAGAAACUUGGAAAGCCAGAAGACACAAAAGUUAUUCUUAUUUUAUGUAACUGUCAAGCUCACCCUCCUGAAGCAGAGUUAGUAUCUGGAAAUAUUUUUACCAUCUUCCUGCCUGCAAAUGUCACCUCACUCAUACAGCCUAUGGAUCAGGGGAUUAUCGAAAACCUGAAAUCCAUCUACAGAAGGGAUUUUAUGUGGAAGCUACUCAACUAUGAAGGCAGUUUCCAAGAAUUUCAGUCACAGUAUACCAUUAAGGAUGCAAUUUUCAAUGUGGCAUGUGCCUGGUGUGCUGUGAAGAAUACAGCUUUAAGGAAGGCUUGGAGAAAAUUGUGGGCAGCAGUGAUGUUUGCAUAGUGAUCUUCUGAUGAAAAAGAAUUUGCAGGUUUCAAUGUGAGACAUAAAAAAGAAUCAUUAAAAGAGAUUCUUGAUGUCCUUCAAAAUGCUGACCCUGCUCACCCACUCACUAAACUCAAAGAUACUGAACUUGAAGAGUGGGUGAACAUUGAUCAAGACCUUGAUGCUGCACAAACCGUUACUGAUGCUGAAAUUAUAGAAAAGGUUGUGCAUCCGGACAGAUCUACUGCACCUGAACAAGACUCAGAAGAAGAUGACCACAGUGAAGAUACUAAAGUGGCUUGGGCUACUGCUGCACAAUGUCUGGAAACGUUUGUGAAAUUUGCUGAGCAGCAGUCUUCUUAUUCUGCUCAGGAAGUGAUGCAACUUCAUCUUGUUCACAACAAUUUCCUGAAAAAAAAUGCAACUGACUUGCAGGCAGGCAGACAUCCGCAGGUUGCUUCAAAGAGCUUCUGCAGCUUGUGUCAAGGAUCAGAUACUGAUGUUGAUGAGCCUCAAGAAGAGGCACACUCCGAAGCAGAGCUUUCAGAAGCAGCUGAGAGGCAGUAAUAGUAC